AUGUCUGCUAAUUUGAACAAUAUUCCUGUGCUUACUGGCACAAACUUUGGACAAUGGAAAGAGCAUAUUACAGUUUUAUUGGACUGCAUGGAUCUGGACUAUGCCUUUAGGCAUGAUCGCCUUGCACCUUUGACUGAUGAUUUGACUUCGGAUCAAAAUAUAAACUUUGACAAGUGGGAGCGAUCUAAUUGCAUGCGUUUGAUGAUCAUGAGAAUGUCAAUUCCGGAAUCACUAAGGGGUUCGAUAACUGAGAAGGAGGAUGCUAAAUUCUUUCUCAAGGAAUUAGUGGACCGAUUCACCUUAAACAAAAGGGUCGAAACUACUACACUUCUCAUGAAGUUAGUGUUUAUGCGGUACACAGGGAAGGAUAACAUUAGGGAGUACAUCAUGGAGAUGUCUACCUUAGUUACAAGGCUUAAGACACUAAAGUUAGAUAUGUCUGAAAGUGUCCUUUACUCGAACAAGAAAAAGAAGAAGGGUAAUGGUAAGAGCAAGGGUAAACAACUUGCAAUAACUAGGGAUUUAGGGCAUAGGGUGUAA